AUGCUCCGACGCCCCGCAGGCUCGAAGCCGCCUUCCGCCACAGCCACGCGAUCAACGCUGGCGCAGGAUGCUGCCGCUUCGAAGCCGCCAUCACGUCGGCAGCUCGUGGCGGCACAAACGCGGCUGCUUCGUCUAUCGCUCUGGGUGCGCAUCGCCUCGAUAGCUGCGCUGAUCCUCAACGCGCAGCUGCAACGGGCCUUCGAUACAUCGCACGAGCUGCUCUCGUUCGCACUCGAUCCAAACGCCGAACACGGCCUGUCUGCGGGAAACUUUCGCUGGCUGCUGGCAUUCGUGCGCUGGGACACGGUCUACUUUCUCGCUGCUGCCUCGCCCACCGCUGCCGAGGGGCUGCACGUGGGCGGCUAUCGGUGGGAGCACAUGCUGGCAUUCCAGCCUGGCAUCGUUGCACUCCUGCGUCUGCUCGGCUAUGUCACGCCGAGCCUCGACGGAUCGUGGAGUCCAACAACGGCGGUGUUGCUCGCCACGGCGCUGGCGAAUGUCGCAGCGGUGUCGGCGCCGCUGCUGCUGUUCCGGUUGACGAUGCGAGUGACCCAGCAGAUCGAGCUCGCGUUCGCUGCUGCGGUGUUGAGCGUGUUUGCUCCGUCGGCGGCUACGACGCUGAGCUCCCCCACACCCGAAGCGUUCUUUAGCGCCGCGAGUCUGGCGGGCAUGCUGUGCCUCGAACAAGCACGGCUGGCAUGGACCCAGCUCCUGGCGGCAUCGGUGUGGUUUGGCAUCGCCACUGCCUUUCGCGCCAACGGCACGCUGCUCAUCGGAUACACGGCGUAUAAACUCCUUGCGCAGGCGAGAACGCACGGCUACGCAAAGGCUACACUGCAACUGGCGGUCUCGGCGGCAGUGUGCGUCUCGCCGACGGUGCUGUUUCAGACGUGGGCUUAUGGGCGAUUCUGCCUGGCAGAGGGCGGACGACCAUGGUGCAGCGCAGUGCCGCCGAGCGUAUACGCAUUCGUGCAGGCCGAGUACUGGCACGUCGGAUGGUUGCGCUACUGGGAGGUGGCGCAGCUGCCCAACUUUGCGCUCGCCGCUCCCGUGCUCGUCGCCAUUGUCGCCACCGCACGCUUGUACUACCGCACCUCAUCCCCCGCCCAGCUUCUCGCGUCUCUGCUCGCUUCCCCUCCACCGGCUGAGCAUCGACCUGGCCUGUCGCUGGAUGCGGUGCCGAUGGCGGUACCCUAUGUUGUGCAUGGGCUGGUGCUCGCGGUGGUGCUGCUGUUUGCCUCGCACGUCCAGAUCGCGCUGCGCCUCGCCACGCCCGGAGGCAUGCCCGUGGUAUGGUGGGGCCUCGCGCACGCCGUCCUCCACGCCCAUACACCGUGGCUCCGCCCGCUGGUGCUGUCGUACCUCGGCAUCCAGAUGUGCAUCUCGUGCGUGCUCUACGCCGGCUUCUAUCCCCCAGCCUGA